CAGUUCAGAAACAGUGACUAAAUAGCAUGGAAUAGUGCGAUGACAUAAAAAAUCCUUGCAUGACAAUAUAAAGCUAUAUAUAGACAAUAGCGUUAUGAAAAUAUUCCUUAUCAUUCCGGUAUCAUUAACGAAUUUAUAGUACUGUCGCAAAGAGACAAAACAUGAAGUCCUUGCUGUGUUUGUUUGUGUUCUUAGCCAGUCUGUACGUGUCUUCUGCUUCCCUCAUUGACGCACUAAAUGCUGCGCACAAUUCUCCUGCGUUUAAAAAUUUGACACACCCCGAACAAUUGCUGAUCAUCGAAUUGUUAGCUGAGACCGAGGCUGGGGAAUUGAAGCAAUAUAUUGACUCUGUUGGAUUUCACAAUGUCCUCGCUGUUAUUGAUAAGCUUCCCCAAGCAGAGGCACAUUUGUUGACAAACUACCUAAUAAACGAGCUUGCCAAGGAGGAGAAUCAAGGUUCAGGAGCACUAGGAAAGAGAAGCAUUAGAAGUCUUGUUGAAGUAUUGAAUACCGCCAAGGCCGACCCUGCUUUCCAACAGCUGUCUCAAGCCAAUCAGACACUUAUUAUACAGAUGUUGACAGCAGCUGAAAAUAACACGUUGACGGCUCAUAUUGACCAGAUCGGCUACUCUACCGUUCUCAGGAUAAUUGACAUGUUGCCGGUUAAAGAAAAGCAUCUUUUAGAGCAAUAUAUUUUCCAGCACUUGCGAGCAGAAAUGCAUCUUCUUGGAUAAAAAAGGGAAAACCCAACAAGAACAACCCACACUCAUUUUUUAUGACAAAAUUGGCGAGAACAUCAUAGUCGCUCAUAUUUCUUUUUUGUUUCUGUCAUAUUAAAUGUAGUAAAUAUA